GGCCAGGGCGGGGAUUGCUUGCCUGGGUUGCGGAAGUGGUAGCCGCUGACCGAGCCUGCUGCCUUCUCGCUACUGCUUCGACUUCCCAGUUCCCCCCCGGACGGAGAGGGCGGCCCGGUUGUGGAUGGUCAGAUAGCCCCCAUCUCCCGCCGCCAAUCCCCGGCCCUAACCAGCACGGAGCAGACGCCGGCAGUGGCAGCAGCAGGCGAGGAGGAAGAUGGCGGGACGGCUGCCGGCCUGUGUGGUGGACUGUGGCACCGGGUAUACAAAACUAGGAUAUGCUGGAAAUACAGAACCACAGUUUAUCAUCCCUUCCUGUAUUGCUAUUAAGGAGUCAGCAAAAGUGGGUGAUCAAGCUCAGAGGAGGGUGAUGAAAGGUGUUGAUGACCUAGACUUCUUCAUUGGUGAUGAAGCAAUAGAAAAGCCUACAUAUGCAACAAAGUGGCCAAUCCGCCAUGGAAUAGUUGAAGAUUGGGACUUGAUGGAAAGAUUUAUGGAGCAAGUGAUCUUUAAAUACUUAAGGGCAGAACCUGAAGACCAUUAUUUUCUUUUGACUGAACCUCCACUGAAUACUCCAGAAAACAGAGAAUAUACCGCUGAAAUAAUGUUUGAGUCCUUCAAUGUUCCAGGCUUGUACAUUGCUGUGCAGGCUGUUCUUGCCUUAGCUGCAUCCUGGACCUCCAGACAAGUAGGAGAACGGACAUUGACUGGUACUGUAAUAGACAGUGGAGAUGGUGUCACUCAUGUCAUUCCUGUGGCUGAAGGGUAUGUGAUUGGCAGCUGUAUUAAGCACAUUCCAAUUGCAGGACGAGAUAUAACGUAUUUUAUUCAGCAACUGCUGAGAGACCGAGAAGUAGGAAUCCCGCCAGAGCAAUCCUUGGAAACAGCUAAGGCAGUAAAGGAGCGUUAUAGUUAUGUCUGCCCAGAUUUAGUAAAAGAAUUUAACAAGUAUGACACAGAUGGGUCAAAGUGGAUUAAGCAGUAUACUGGAAUCAAUGCUAUCUCAAAGAAAGAAUUUUCCAUUGAUGUUGGUUACGAGAGAUUCUUGGGACCUGAAAUCUUUUUUCACCCAGAGUUUGCUAAUCCAGAUUUCACACAACCUAUCUCAGAAGUAGUAGAUGAGGUAAUUCAGAAUUGUCCUAUUGAUGUCAGGCGUCCUCUCUACAAGAACAUUGUCCUCUCUGGAGGUUCAACCAUGUUCAGGGACUUUGGACGUCGCUUGCAAAGAGAUUUGAAAAGGACCGUGGAUGCCAGGCUGAAAUUAAGUGAGGAAUUGAGUGGCGGUAGAUUGAAGCCAAAGCCUAUUGACGUACAAGUGAUUACACACCACAUGCAGCGAUAUGCAGUCUGGUUUGGGGGAUCGAUGCUGGCCUCUACACCUGAGUUCUACCAAGUAUGCCACACCAAAAAGGAUUAUGAAGAAAUUGGACCUAGCAUUUGUCGUCACAAUCCAGUGUUUGGAGUCAUGUCGUAAAAUUGACUUCUAGUUCCCGGGGCUAGGGCGGUGGGGAAGAGAUCUUUCUGAUUACCUGUUUUGUCUGGAUGGCUGGUUUUGAAGUUUAAAGCCUGACUUGACAAUAAUAAGACCAAACAUAAUUAUACAGGAAUAUUUUAAUAAGUAUAUCACCAUGCGAAUGUUGAGGAAAGCUAAAAUAAAUAAGUGUUUUUCUUUAGAUUGAAUAUUUGAAUCUUAUGUGUAACAAAAAGAAGUGGGUUUUAGUUCUUUCUGUGCCCUGAUAUUUUGUAUAUUAUUGAAUUAUCCAAGAUUUGAUGGGAUUUAUCGGUAUGUAGAUAGCUCUAUAGUGCUUGAAUUGUACACAUCUAAGUGUGCAGUGCAAGAGCUUGUUUAUAUUUCAUACUUUUUAUACUUUGAGGAAAAAGUCAAAGAAAAACUGUAGUAUUUGAGGAAAAAAAGUGACCAAGUAACAAGAUAAAUUCUAAAAAUAGCCUCAUGCGACUUGACAUACACACUCAUGGGAUUCCAGUUAUUAGGAAUUGCUUCCACCCCUUUCCACCCUGUCAAUGGUUUUCUUUGCAAGUGCUUUUGGAACUAAGAAGCUAGUAUUUUGGAUUAACUGAUGCCUGCUAGUGCUUUCUGAUUACUCGCAUUCUGUUUCUUGCUUUAAUAGAAAAGUAAAGACAAGACUGUUGGACCAGUAUUGCAAUCCUGUAGUGUCAUUUCUUAUUAAAAAACCAAUAAUUUGAUGAUGAAAAUUGGUGUAUUUAAAGCCUAACACCAUUCUAAUAAAGGCACACACUUCUUUUUACUACUUGUUUCAAGCUCUUUAAUCUGUUUACAAGUUAACCAAUCUAUUUUCUUCAGACCUCUACAAUAGUUCUUUAAAAUCAUAAGAGUUGGUUAGCAAACUGACUUUUAUAUGUGAUCUAUACAAAUAAUUGUGAACUUUUAAUAUGUUGAGUGCUUUCAUUUUGAUAACUGGAUCUCCAUUGGAUAUUUUCAUUUGUAUAAGUCAUUUGCAGUUUGAAAAUUUUUUUUAGUGCCAGUCCCUGACAUAUCAUGGAAAGUUAAUUUUCUUUACAUUUAAAAAUAUCUGGAUCAUGAAGAAAAAGUGAUGGAAAUAAAUUAAAACUGAAUUAC